ACUUUUUCUAAAUUAACCCUAGUUAACUAAAAAAACUCACUUUGAGUUAAUUCACUCAAAUUAUAUCUUUUACAAACACACCCUAAAGCUCCUCACUCCUUAAUAAGAUUUUUCACGAUAUUCAUAGAUAUUUGUAAUAAUUACAACAAUUCAAAUCACGACUAAUUUCCCAAAUGAGAUUAUAAAAAUAUCUAUCGGUGGCAAUAAUAUAAUAAAAUUGUACCAAAAAAGUCAAAAAAGAAAAGCAAAUAGCCUCAAUAAAUUGGUGAACACACGAUGGAAACCUCCAUCGUGGUUCCUAUUUAUCUUUGCCAAUAAGUUUAGAAGGUCAUAUCAACUCAACAAGCAAAACAGUCCUCGAUCAGACAAGUUGCAGCCGCCGCAUUUCUGAGUUCUCGGAACUGCAAAAGAUGAGAAACAUACCAGAAGAAUACAGAGGGCGGGGCGAGUUCUAUUUCCUGAAAACGAUGGCAGAGGAAAUUGAAAAGGCUGAUUAUCCUCCUGGAGCAACAUUCAGCCAGGAGAGUAUGCUUUGUGUGUUCAGGAAUUUCCGUUCAGUAUUUGGCCCAAUUUUCUCAGACCGCUGUCUCAAGCAGAAAAUUAAGUCCCUGAAGAAAACAUAUAAGGAGUUCUCAGAACUGCUGAAGGAAGAUAAUAUCUUAUGGGAUAAGCAGAAUAACAUUGUUUACAGCGAUGACGAGCUGUUGAGUGUAAAAUACAAGGCCCGUUACAAGAAUGGGGUUUUCCGUGGAGAACCGAAUUAUGACCUCAUGUGUGUUGUUUUCGAGCGUGGAAUAAACUUCGAGUGAAGCAAACUAGCAGUCCAUGCAUCAAUAAACAGAGUAUUCAACAUCCAAACUACAAUAAAUUUCAUGUUUAGUUAACUGCUAUGUUUUCCUAUGGCAAACACUGUCUGCCUCAAACUACAUUUGACGGUCUAUAACCGAACACCCUAUUGCCUUUUAUCAUUUCAUUUUCGUUCAAGUUGUCUAAACAUUCAAUUUAUCAUGGUACAUUUGAUAUGUAUCAAUCUAUUUGGUGACCUUAUGGAAGUUAUAUCGAUGUGAACUAUGUAUCCAAUUAACCCAGAUAGAUAAGGAUUAUAAGAUUAAACACAGCUAAGCCAUAAUCGUUUCAAUUUGGA